AUGCUCUGGGAAUCCGAUCUUCAUGGGCUACACAGUCAGCUCGACGACUUCAUUCGAGACAGCAAGCAGCACCACAACGCUCGACUGCGGCUGCUACAGAACUGCCAAGAACUGAUCGAGAGCUAUCGACGUCUCAAAAGCGACUUGGAGGACAAAAGAGAAUUGCGCGAGAAGUACAAGAACCAGGCGCGAGGUCAGAAGGAUGUACAUGAGCGGAAUCCGUUUGCUCUUGUGCUUGUCGAUGGAGACAACUACGUUUUCAAAGACCAGCAUAUCAAAGCCGGGAGUGAAGGCGGAGCUGCGGCUGCUCAAGCACUGAGCGACGCCAUCAAGGAAUUCCUCCAGUCGGAGUUGAACAUCGAUGCAGAGCAGUGUCGUGUCAUGGUGCGCGUCUACGCAAAUCUCUCUGGUUUGUCGAAGAGUUUGUCCAAAGCAGGUCUUGUAGGAAAUGAGGCCCGCUCCUUGGCCCCCUUCGCCGCGAGCUUUACGGGUUCGCAGGACCUGUUUGAUUUCGUAGAUGCGGGCGACAAGGAUGGUACUGACCUGAAGGUCAGAGAAACGUUCCAGUUGUUUGUUGACAAUAACCAAUGCAAACACAUUUUCUUCGCCGGCUGCCACGACGUUGGAUAUCUGUCCUUGUUAACCCCAUAUCAAGGCAAGGCAGAUCGCGUGACGCUCAUCAAGGCUGCUUCAAUUCAACCAGAGUUCGAAUCUCUAGACUUACCCAUCAGAGAAAUACCCUCUGUCUUCAGAUCUACCCCUAUUGCCAGCAGCAACACCACAUUUUCUAGAACGAAUGGCAAGUCAAAGAUUUGCAAUUACUACCAAAAGGUGCAGAACCAAAUGUCGUACGGGAACAAAUGUCUCAAUGAACACGUCGACAAAAGUCCAACAAAGUCUGGGGACGACUCAGCACGGUUUCCUUCGACAACCUCUAAGAAGACUACUUCCGUCAGUCCUUUCCGCGGACCAUUAGCGCAUGAGCGCCCAUCAGAUUUGCUUCCAUUUUCUUCGCCGGAAACAAAAGACCUCAUACCGAUCAACAAAGACGGAGACCGACUCGACACGAUCUUCCUGAGACCGCCACCAGAAGCGUGGGAAAUGUAUCAACGACGCAAAGACAAACACAAACUGUGUAACAAGCACCAUCUCGGCGGCCGGUGUAGUGAAAAAUACUGCAAAUUCGACCACAGCGAGCUCGAACCGCAGGCCCUCACCGUGCUGCAAUACAUACUGAAAGAAACCCCUUGUCCGCGGGGACUGAGAUGCCGACAGGCGAGGUGCUAUGCCGGUCAUAUCUGCCAGAAGGACGGUUGUCGGGGCGGCAGCAACAGCAGCGGCGGCGGCGGCGGCAGCGGCGGCCGUUCCUGUCGAUUCAAGCCGCAUCAGCACAUGCACCGUGUCGAUUUCAAGGUCGCCGAGUGGGUGCCGCCGGUAGUGGCGGAUGGCGAUGCAGAGGACCUCCCUGAGUGUUCGAUCAUCUUGGUGACUGGGAAAUCGUCUGCAGAGGGAGAGCUGAUCAACGGGUGGUAG